CUGGAAGGGGCGCGGGAGGCGGCGCAGGGCCCGGACAGCGGAGCCACCUGCAGCGGCGCCGCCGCCCGCAUGGAGCCCAACGUGCGCUUUUGGAUCUCGGAACGCCAAUCUUUUUUUCAGAGAUUUCUUCAGUGGACAGAAUUAUUGGAUCCUACAAAUCUGGUCCUUUCAAUUGAAAAAAUAGAAAAAUCAAGGCAACUGUUGCUAACCUGUGAAGAUGCAUACAGAUUUGACUUGGGGGACCGAAGGAUACAAGAAGCUUGGAAGAGAAGUCUUUCAACAGUGCACCCUGACAAUAGCAGACUGAUCCCCGUCGCGUUUCGACCUGCAGCUCUCCUGCCUUUCUCAGCUCCCACGGUAUUUUUGUCACUGCUAUCAACAAGAAAUCUGAAAUCCAUGAUUUUACCUCAGGCUUCCUUCUAUUCCUACUCCACGGCCUUCAACAUGGUCAAUGGGAAUGCCAGCUAUAAUCGUCGCCCACUUGAGAGUAUAUUACUAGGGACAGGAGUAAUUGCUUCUUCGACCUUUUUUGGAGUGGUCCCUCGUUUGGUGAUGAAGGCGCCCCUGGAUAACGUUUUGUGGCGGAAAGCCCUUCCUGUGCUCCUCGUCGCCCACAUCAGUGGUAUGAAUGUCGUUGUGUCCCGAAGUUUGGAGCCCAUGCGAGGGAUUGAGGUCAUGGACAAGGAUGGCAACGUCAUAGGCUAUUCCAGAAAAGCUGGGACGAAGGCUGUGAGGGACACGGCGACGUCCAGGGCGCUGCUCUUUGGGACCUCAGCUCUGAUUCCCGAAGUCUUCUCCUUCUUUUUCAAAAGGUCCCAGAUUUUCCAGCAGCAUCCAUGGUCGUUGUGGACCUUAAAACUGUCCUGUACUGUGCUCGUAAUGGGGCUGAUGGUGCCAGUGUCUUUUAGUAUAUUCCCACAAAUUGGACAGAUACAGUGCAGUCAGCUUGAGAAGGAAAUCCAGGCUGCCACAGAAGAAACAGAGCUCUUCUACAACAGAGGGGUGUAGGGGGGUUCAGGGGAGUUCAUUCAGCUCCCGCUUGAAAACCUUCCUCUCCUCAAGGCUUUUUUUUGAGAACUCCGCCAGGUCUCCUAGAAACCCCAGAGGUACCUGCAGUUCCACCUCCCAGAUGGUGUCAAGGCUGGUGGGAUCUGGAGGAAAGCAGAAAUGAAGCUAUCUAGUCUGGCCCAUGCAUGGGGGCAGCUGACUCAGCAGCAGUUGUCCAGGGCCUCUGAAGGGUACUGAGAGGUUACUAUUAAACUUGUGUAAAGUGGAACAUUUGAAAAAUUAAAGGAGGGUGCUCAGGACACAGGCAUCAAAUAGAUGGCCCAUCUCAAGAUAAACAGGAACCUCUGGUGGCCUCUAGCCGCAAAGCCAACCUCCCUUGCUACCCAGCUUAUUCCUCUCCUGAGCAACUACUUAAACUCUUUGCUCCAGGCCAUCCAGCUCCUCUGUGUCACUGGAAGCCACCGCCAUGAAAUCCCAGGCUGCCUGCCAGCAGUGGCGCCUUCCUCCGCCCACACCCACCCUUCCCUCCUCCAGGGAGGUCGAAGGUGCCCUGGACUUGGCCCAUCCCUUCCUAUUUCCUCGGCCUGGCUCUGUUGGAUCUCCAGACUCCAGCCACCCCUCUCCUGUCGCGUUGAAACUGCUUGAUUGAUGAAAAAGCAGCCCCCUCCCUUUGUAGGCAGCCUGUCAGAGAAUUGUCUGCCCUGCAGUGUCCACCCCAGGAUUGUUCUCACCUGUGCCCUGCCACUCACUGGGCUGCCACUGCUGGCUGCUUAGACACCCUUUGGGCCUGCCCCGCCCUGAGCGACAGGCCCACAUCCCCCUGCUGCCUGCUCUUUGCCACUUAGAUGAAGCCAUCUCUACCUCCCAAUCUCCGGAAAUGGCUCUGGCCAAGCCGGCCACCCUUUCUUAAGCCCCUCCGCAGCCCUAGACCAGUGGUGUGAGGGUUUCAAGCUCACCCUUCUAGGGCCCACUACUCCCCAAGCUUAGUCCAACAGUGCCCCCUGCUGGCAUCACUCAUUUCUCUCAGGUCUAGCUCCCUCCCAGCCAUGCUCCCAUCAGCUCUUUAAUAUCGCAUCUGUUCCAAAUGGCUUCCCAGGGCGUGGGGAUCAAAUCCACAUUCCUUGCCAUGGCAGGCAGGAGCCUUUUAUUACACACAUCGCUUGCCACUCUUUCCUCAUUCUGGACCAACAUCCAGUUCCUCAAAUGAGCAGUGGUCACUCCAGGCCUUCACACUAGCUAUUCCCUCUCUGGGAUACUUCCUGCUUAAGCUUCCUGUGUGACUCCAGUCACUCCCUCCAGGAAGCUUCCAGGAUUCACAGUCCUGACUCAGGUGCCCCUUCUGUCUGCUCCCACAGCACUUGCCUCACCACAAUGGCUUGUUUGCUGCCCCCUAAGCCAUGCAUCACGGAAGUCCCAGGAUACAACACGCCUCGCCUGGCGAGGUCCCGAGCACCUGUGGACUGGAGGAUGCUUCCAACAUACCCUGCCCCAAAUCAUCAGACUAUCAGGGCCUUUCAGUUUUCACUAGGCAAGAAUGAUGGUUACUUCCAAACAUGGUGAAAGGGGUCUCAUAAUAGCCAAGCACAAACUCAGUGGAAAUGGUCUGCCAGCUGGCUCAGUAUAGCCUCAGGCUUAUGCUAAACAAAAUUAAAAUUUGCAAAGACUGGGGGGAGGUUUAGCCUCUGAUAGGUGACAGUAGAAGUGUGAGGCAUCUUUUUGAAGGAGAUACCUAAGGAUAUGGGGACAGGUAGGGCAGUGGGGGGAAGGAUCCUGAACCCCACCCUUUCACUUGCAAAUAGGUCUUUUUUCUUACCCAUGUAACUGCAUGUUUGCAGUUCACAAAAACGGUUUUUUCUUUUGUUUAGAGUGGGGAGAAUUACUUCAUCUCCCUAAAACUUUGUUGCGUAUCAAAAUAUUUCCACUUUAUUUCUGCAUUAUAAGUUUGUAAUCUUAACAACUUUGAUCAUUAGCUAAUACAAUACAAAAGAGGGGGGAAAAGAUGUUAGUAUUCAUUUUCAUAAAGUGCAGAUUUAAUCAUUUGCCUCAGGAAAACAACCUCAUUUCAGAUCCUUCCCUAACCCAAGGAGGGAACAAGGCCCUUUUUUAUUUUUACUUAACCCAUGUCUAACACCAAGAAUAAACAAUCGGAGUCCAAUAAAGACAAGUUAUUUGCAGACAUUUUUCUGGGUAAGGAAGUGCAACAGAGCUAGUGAAAACUAACCUCAUAAUCAAUAUGAAUAUAUAAGCCCAAAUCACAAAUACAUAAUUUAGACUCCCGUGCUGCUUUUCUAAGUUUUAGGUUCUCCAGUUUUUAAGAAGGUAGAUAGCUAAACAAGAUCAUAUGUGGCCAAAUUACUUUUACUGAAGUUGUUUGAAGACACUGGUUUAGCCCUUGCAGGAAGUUAAUGAUUCCAUUCCCUUACUAAUUUAAAAAAGCUGCUGUUUGUCAUUAAGCCCAUUAUAUUCCAGUUAUUUAUUUUAUUCCACCAUACAAGGAUUGCAUCUUUCCAAAAGAAUAUUGCUAGCAACAGGGUAAACUGAAGUACUUAUGGCUUAAAUUUGCCAAGUGCUUAUCUCUGUCGGUAUAAAUAUGAUUAAAGUUGUCUACUUGAGUAUAAAAUCUGUGCAAAACCUCCGUACUAUAGGCAAAAUGUUCAAAGGCCAAGAAAAAAAAUUUCUUUUACAAGAAAGUGCAACUGCAGGGUCUUUUGAAUGAUCUUCUAGACAGUUCUGCAGAAAACUUAGUAGUUUGGCUCAGAAGGUAGAGUUUCCUCAUGAGGAAUUUGAGUUCUUCCUAGAAGAAUACAAAGCAAAAUUUCAGGCAGCUUUCUGAAAAUAAACCAUUAGGUUUGUGGCUAUACAAAGACAAACUAGAACUUAGAAUAAUGAAGGCAUCUGAAUUUUCUGGGAUUGCACAGAACUUUCUCACUGCAGGACAUUGGGCCAUGUUGUGCUCUCACGUCUAGGUGUUACAUCACGUGGUCCUGACCAAGGCAGGCAACUAACCAGACGGGAGAAAGUGUUUUCACGUUUCAGUGCUUUUUUUUAGGUCAAAUCUCAAUACUUUCAAAUAAAUCAUUAAAAAUAGACCAUUUUCUCUGUUAUUUUCAGCAUUUUACAUAGUUAGUGGGUAAUCAUGGUGAGCACUGUCGGUCACCAGUGCCUCGUUCGGUCCCCAUCAGAGCUUCAGCAUUUGUUCAGCUGCUGCCAGGUGGUAAAGGAAGUUCUCUGUGGCUGGCGGGAAUCGUCUCUGCUUUAGGGCCUCCAAAUUGAGUACCAGCUUUUCUCCCUCACCAGAAGCUUCUGAAAAUGG